AUGACAGAAAGUGACAGUUAUGAUGUGAUAGUUGUUGGUGCCGGAGUGGUGGGUCCUACAGUUGCCACAGCCCUAGCAAGACAAGGUCGGAAGGUGAUGAUUGUGGAAAGAGACUGGUCUAUGCCUGACAGAAUUGUUGGUGAGUUAAUGCAACCUGGAGGAUUGAAGGCACUCAGAGAAUUGGGGAUGAUCCAAGCUAUUAACAAUAUCGAGGCCAUCCAUGUUUCUGGUUAUUAUAUCCUGUUUGGUGGUUCUGAGUUAAAUAUUGAUUAUCCUGAGAAAACCGAUGCAAACAGGACUAAUCAGACUAUUCCUGUUCCAGAUUGUGUCAAAGAUGAUAAUGAUAAAGUACUCACGGAUUCUACGAUUAAAUCCGAAGAAUGGGAUAAUGACCCAAGAGUGAGAGGUGUUGCAUUCAGACAUGGAGAAUUUCUCAUGAAUUUGAGAAAGAUCACCAAAAGCGAACCUAAUGUUACUGCUGUUGAAGGUAACGUUACCCAAAUGAUUAAGUCCCCAGAUGAUCCUAAUAGAGUUAUUGGUGUUAGAGUGAAGAAGAAUAAAGAUGUAUAUGAAGAGUAUUAUGCUAAAGUGACAAUUGCUUGUGAUGGAAUUUAUUCGAAGUUUAGAAAGGAACUUGGUGAAGAUUAUGCCCCUACUGUUGAAUCGCAUUUCGUUGGGUUAAGUUUAAUGAACUGUGACCUUCCUUCAAAAUACAGAGGUCAUGUCGUAUUGGGAACAGAGCAUUUUCCCGUAAUAAUUUACCAAAUUUCUCCAGAAGAAACCAGAAUAUUAUGUGCUUAUAAGUCCACUAAAACUCCACCUCAAGCAGAAUUAUACCAAUACUUACAAUCAAAAGUUUUACCUGGGUUACCCAAACCCAUUAGACCCUCAUUUAGUGCGGCAUUAGAAACCCGUAAAUUCAGAGUCAUGCCUAACCAAUAUUUGCCUGCUAGAAAGCAAGGUCGGGAUUUGAAAGGAUACAUUUUAAUUGGUGAUUCUCUCAAUAUGAGACAUCCCUUAACAGGAGGCGGUAUGACUGUUGGAUUAAAUGAUGCGGUUUUACUUACAAAAUUACUCCACCCAGAAAAUAUCGAAGAUUUAUCUAACCAAGCUUUGUUGGAGAAGCGGUUGCUGCAAUUUCAUACCAAAAGAAAGAAUUUGGAUGGUGUAAUCAAUACAUUAUCCAUUGCUUUAUAUUCACUUUUCGCAGCCGAUUCCAGACCAUUAAAAAUCUUACAAAAAGGAUGCUAUCAAUACUUUUUACGUGGAGGUUCAUGCGUUUCUGGUCCCAUUGGAUUAUUAAGUGGGAUGCUACCAUUCCCAAUGAUUUUAUUCAAUCAUUUCUUCAGCGUGGCAUUCUUUGCUAUCUAUUGUAAUAUAGUGGCACGUGGACUUCUUGGGUUUCCAAUGGCUAUUUACGAAGCUUUUGAAACAUUAUACACAGCCGUGGUUAUCUUCACCCCUUACAUUAUUCGGGAACUUAUGUAA